AUGGAUGUGGAAAUUGCGACAGUCCUUCGCAAGAAACCUACAGUGCAUCCUAAGGAGACUCUGAAAGAUCUUGAAAAGAUGAAAUUGGGAAGAAUACGAAAGGAUGAUUGGAGUGUGGCAUUUCAAAUACUAGAAAGAGCUUAUUCUGAUUUUCAUAGAGUUUGCGUCUUUGUGCCUAACAAGCAUCUAUACUCCACUCAAUGCUUGGAAUACAUCUUGGAGUUGAUAAAUCAAUGCAAAGUGAAUAGUGUUGGGGACAAGAAAUGUUUCAUAGAUAUGAUCAAGUGGUACAUCUUGGUUCACAAAACUCCGUUGGGGAUAAUCCUGAAACUUUUCAUUGUUCAAAAACGUUAA